AUGAUCUCAACGGCCUCUGUUUUUUAUCGGAAGCACAGAGUGAAUUUGCUGCGUUCCUCAUACAUAAUACUAUUGCUAGCCACACUUUACAAUUCAAACUCGAGUUCUAGCAAUAGCAAAACCGGCAAAAAAGAUUCUGAGUCAACGGGUUCUGAUAAUAAGAAGAUCAGGGAAGGAAAAGGAGCAGAAGCUGAUGAAGAAGAAAGUAGCAAAGAAGAGUUAACGAUAAUUUCUAAAAAUAGUACAGAUUUAGAAGAUAGUACAAUUCCGUUCGACAAAGAAAACAAGAUUGACCAUAAAGUCGUACAGCAAAAAGGAAAAGUAGACUUUUUGUUCAAACUUUUACUACAUGAUAAGAAGUGCCUUAUCUUAUUUAUUACACAGGCUAUUCUUUUAAAUAUUAGAACACUUUUGUCUCUUCGUGUGGCUACUUUGGAUGGUCAGCUAGUUUCCACGUUAGUAAAAGCUCAAUACGCAAAUUUCGCAAAGAUUUUAUUAGGGAAAUGGAUGAUCCUCGGAAUUCCUGCUAGUUUUAUUAAUUCUUUGAUCAGCUACACAACAAAGUUAUGCGCUGUCACUAUUAAUAGGAAAUUAUCAGAGUUUUUGCUAUCAAAGUAUCUAUCUAAUCAUCAUACUUUCUAUUCCGUAGCUUCUGCCGAAUCUGUUUCAGAGGUUCAGGAUAACUUAACAAAAGACAUUUACACAUUCUCAAUGAAUUCAUCUUUACUGUUAAAUCAGCUAUUAAAGCCAAUGUUAGACCUAAUCCUCUGCUCAUUCAAACUAUUAACAUCAAACACUAGUGUUAUGGGUGAAGGUACUUUGGCACUGGGCUUGAUUGUUUAUGCCUCUAAUUCUUUACUAAAAUUGAUUCAGCCGAACUUCACUAGGUUAACAAUGGCAAGCGCAUCUUUGGAAAGUUGGUUCAGAUCUCUACACUCGAAUCUGCAUUCAAGUAAUGAGGAAAUUGCAUUACUUAGAGGGCAAAAGAGAGAACUGGCAAAUGUUGAUUAUUCAUUUUACCGUUUGGUUCUUUUUCUAAACAGAGAAAUAAAGGCAAGAGCUAUUUACGACGUUGCCACUGCAUUUGUGAUCAAAUAUACUUGGGGCGCUGCUGGCUUGGUAUUGUGCUCGAUCCCAAUAUUUUUCAAAAAUACCCCAAGCGAAGACAACUUGGGGUCUAAGGAACCCAAGAAUGAUAUGACAGCUGAUUUUAUCACGAAUAGAAGAUUAUUGGUUACUGCAUCUAGUUCUAUAGGAAGAUUUGUGGAACUAAAGAGAAAUAUCCAACAGUUACGCGGUAUCAGAUUGCGACUAAACAAUUUCAAUGAUUUGUUGGAUGCAAAUAAAGGUGAUAGUGAUAACAAACCGAACGAUGAAGGGUGCGUAGUGGAAUAUAAUGACUCAAUAAUAAGGUUUGAGAAUAUCCCUUUAGUAACACCUGCAAAUCAAGUCUUAGUUCCCGAACUUAGCUUUGAUUUGAAGCAUGGGAACCACUUACUAAUUAUUGGGCCCAAUGGGUGUGGUAAGUCAUCACUAUUCCGUAUUCUUGGUGGGCUAUGGCCGGUAAGGGCGACUCCCAAUAAAAAACAUCAAUCAAAGCUAGUAAUGCCGCGUAGAACUGUGGAUAGGGAUUGCGCAAUCUUUUAUCUACCUCAAAGACCAUAUAUGGGAAAUAGAUCAAGUUUCAGGGAACAGAUCAUUUACCCAGACACUAUUGAACAAUUUGAAGAAAAGUAUCAUGAUGACUACGAUACAGGCGAUGCUGAAUUGAUAAAAAUUCUUCAGUUGCUAGAUUUGGAGGAUUUGGUAACAGAAAAUAUGUCGCUUGUUCUGGCGCAAAGGACUUCCAAAAAUGGCGCGCAGCAACCAUCAAUAGAUGACAAUCAAUCACCAUGCACCAUCAAGAUUCGUGAUGCAUUUGGUAUUGUGAGAAACUGGUCCGAAGAAUUAACGAUUGGCGUUCAGCAAAGGCUGGCUAUGGCAAGAAUGUACUAUCAUAAACCUAAAUUUGCCGUCCUCGAUGAAUGCACUUCUGCAGUAGCGCCUGAAAUGGAACAAAAGAUGUACGAAAAUGCACAAAAAUUUGGUAUAUCAUUAAUAUCAGUUUGUCACAGAACAAGUCUAUGGCAUUUUCAUAACUAUCUUUUGAAAUUCGAUGGUAAAGGCGGAUAUCAAUUUGGACCUUUUAACCCACAGGAAAGAUUAAAUAAUGAGGAAAAAUUGCUCGAGCUGAACGCCAUAUUAGAUCAACAGGUGCCUCUAUGGGAGAGAAAAUUGAAGGAUUUAACAAUUGCUAAGGAAUCAAACAUCAUUCGUAAAUCAGAAACAAACCUGAACCUUUUUGAGAAAAUCGGAGAACCGAAGGCGUCCAAAUCUAAUAUGUUAUUUAAUCCAAACACGGAACAUCGAAUCAUAUCACCUACAGGGAAGGAGGCUAGCAAGAGAUUACCACUAUUUUCAGAAUCAUCGUCCACAGCUUCAUCAAAUUUAUUAAGAAACAAAAAAAGUAUGACUAAAAAGAGUAAAAAUAAAAAGGAACAAGAAAAAGAGACAUAA